AUGGCCGGAAAGGGAAAACGUAUAGAUUUUGAAGCAAGUUUUAUUCGCCUCAUUGACAAAGUGACCAAUGGCUCUAGGAUUGAAAUAAACCAAACAGGUACAACCUUGUAUUAUCAGCCUGGUCUUUUGUAUGGAGGUUCCCUGGAACAUGACUGCAGCCCCAGUCGCAGUAUUGGCUAUUAUUUGGAAAGUCUGCUCUGUCUAGCACCUUUCAUGAAACACCCAUUAAAGAUUGUCCUGAGGGGAGUAACAAAUGAUCAAGUAGAUCCUUCGGUUGAUGUCCUUAAGGCAACAGCUCUACCCCUACUGAAAAAAUUUGGAAUUGAUGGUGAAAGUCUGGAAAUCAAGAUCAACCGGAGAGGAAUGCCGCCCAAGGGUGGCGGAGAGAUACUGUUUUCCUGCCCAGUGAAGAAAGUCUUGCAGCCCAUUCAGUUUACAGACCCUGGCAAAAUCAAGCGCAUCAGAGGAACUGCAUAUUCUGUCAGAGUGUCACCACAGAUGGCAAACAGAAUGGUGGAAUCUGCAAGGAGCAUCCUGAAUAAGUUCCUCCCGGACAUUUAUAUCUACACAGAUCAUAUGAAGGGGGUCAACUCUGGAAAAUCUCCAGGUUUUGGGUUGUGCCUUGUUGCAGAAACUAUCAAUGGCACUAUUCUGAGUGCUGAGCUAGCCUCAAACCCUCAGGGCCAGGGAGUCGCUGUGCUGCCUGAGGAACUGGGCCAGAAUUGUGCUAAGCUGCUCCUUGAGGAGGUGUACCGGGGAGGCUGUGUGGAUUCAACAAAUCAGAGCCUUGCUCUGCUCCUCAUGACCCUUGGACAACAGGAUGUUUCCAAAGUCCUGUUGGGACCUCUGUCUCCAUACACAAUUGAGUUUCUGCGGCACCUGAAAAGCUUCUUCCAGAUCAUGUUUAAAAUUGAAACGAAGUCCCCCGAGGAGGAGGAACACAAGGGUGGGGAGAAAGUCUUAAUGACAUGUGUGGGCAUUGGAUUUUCCAACUUGAGUAAAACAAUAAGAUAAAACAUCUACAGACUUUCUGAAAUGGGGUGACAGAAAACAUUGCAAAGAUCUGAUAUAACAAUAUGAGAACCUGCCUUUCCCUGUGCUUAUUCUGGAACGAGGAAAACCAGCGAUGAUCCCAGUGCAGAGGUACCCAAGCUUGCUGCAUGUAAACAAUAAAGCUACCUUCAGGCUGUUUAGGCCUAUAUGGUGUACGAACACAAUGCCACUGUUGUGCUGCGUGGAAUGGCUGGCCAGAGUCUCAGCUGGCUUGGGAUUUCUUGCACUGUGCUCCAGUGCAUGGGACACAGGUGUCUCUUAUGUUCUUGUGCCCCUCUUCCCAUGCCCUCAAGCCUUAAAUGCAGUGGGUGCUCUACUUGUCAUUAUAUGUAUCUACAGGCUUCACUCUUAGCUUUUUCUGAAAGGUUUAGAUAGAGAAGGGAAACAGGAUUGACCAAAAUGAGACUUGCAGUGCAAAACAAAUGAUCACAACAGAAACAUUAGAUUCCUCAGGUAAUUGCAGAGAUUAUACAGGCAUGGAAACUAGAGUACAAGCUGGAGCAAUAAUUUCUGGUUUAUACACUGUAUGGGUAUAGAAUUUGUCAAAUGCUUUGCUUCUGUUCAAGUUGGCUAAAGGAUAGUUUUGCGGAGGGAAAAACUAUCUGCCUUUUAAUUUUCUUUAAUGGUACAAUGCUGCAGAAGAGAUCUCAGCCCAUACUGUUUAUUCUAGCCUCCUCUGCAAAGAUGGGCAGGAGAAAUCUCCUUGCAGUUUUCAAGUGAUUCCAUAUGUUUCUGUCAGGUUUGUUUGGCAUGCCAUACGCUACAGUUCACAACUGGCUGUGAAAGGUAGCAACAAAGCUGUGCGGGCUUUGAGGGAGAAAAAUAUAUCCAGUUUGCACCAUCACGUUUAGUGCAGCUGCUCUGUUCUGGAAAGAGGUUGUAGUUGAUGGGCACUGUUUGGAUUAACAGGUGCUAAAGGUUCAUACUCGGGUAAAACGAUUUAGCCAAGAAAGGCUUUUGGUUGAUUCCAGGCAAAGCUGCUGAAGUUAAUGCUGCACUCCUGACAUAAGGAGAGUGAAUUAUACUGGACUUCAGGCUGCGCUCAUCGAAAUGUGUUUCGGGUAAAAUGAAUCCAUGUCAAAAGCUAGUAUAUUAUAUGGCAAGUACUAGUGACUAUGUUAUAAUGGUCUUACAAACUUUAUCCAAUGCCACUGUAGAGUGGGCAUUACCUCUCUAAUAUGAAAAAUGUAUGUUGGACCCAAGCAGAACUUUGACAAAAAGGUAGGAAUUUGGUUAGUGGUUUAUGAGCUGUUGGAGGCUGUGAGUCGUUUUUGUACUGUACUUUGCUCUUGUUGCACUCUGUCUAAACUUGUUUUGGAAAAAUAAAGU